AUGGUGGACUGGCUUAGUCUCGCCGUUCCCCUCGCCUACCUAGGCAUCUUAAUCGGCUCUUUAGCUACAUUCUCCUCUCUCUAUCGCAAGCGCAAGUCUCAAAAAGCAGCUUCACUUGAGCCAUGGUUCCCUGCGCACCUGCAACGCGAUAUUUACUUCUCUCUUCUCCACCUUGACCCCUCCGCACAAAAAGAAAAGACCCCCGCCGUGCCCGAGUCGGUCCUCAAGGCUGCUCUCCUCCGUCGCGCGAAAGAAGAUCUUCGUCGUCUUCUUGCUCUCCGUAGCCAGAAGCAGGCUCUGUCUGUGCUGCUUCAACGCGGUAGUGUCGGGGAUGACCUUUGGCAGCGAUUCCUCCGCGCCGAGAAGGAGAUGGAGGCUGAGGUGAAGGAUGUUUGUGCUGAAGCAAAUGCUUACGUGCCGAAUUGGGGCCAACUUAUCUUCCAGUCUGCUAACGAGAUGAUGAAUAAUGAUAUUUUCCGUCAGCGGGUGAGCGGCCUGCAGGAGAAGCUUGCUGAGGAGAAGGAAUGGUGGAGUAAGAAGAAGGCUACUACCCAGGAGCAAUUUAUGAAGGAGUUGAAUGAGGGUUCUGGAUCGGCUUCGGCCUCUGUGCAGUCGCCCGCUCCUAAGUCUCCGGAGCCUGCCUCGGAGUCUGCUUCUGCGGCCCCUGCAGCUGCAGUGCAGCCAAGUGAUGAUGAGGCCGUUUUGGUUGAGGCAGAGCCUUCUAAUCCUGGUACCCCGACUGGUGGAAAGAAGAAGAAGGGAAAGGGUAAGAAAUAG